UUGCACACUUAAAAUUUGUUUGCAGUUAGACUUUGGUCAGUUCCUCUGUUUCUGGUCAUGAGGGCAUGGGAUAAAGUCCAAAGAGUUUACAUUAGCCCAUAGCUGUGGACGUACCGGUCUCAUAUAUUGCCAAGUCAUUCCAUCGUCGUCUCCGAUCACCAAGCGCCAUGUCAGACGAGAAGAACACCCGGCCGCGGAUCGAUUCCCACUUCAAGGUCGCACUCGACGACGCCGAACGCUGUAUCAGAAGACUGGAAGACGUGAAGGACUACGAUGAUGAUGUGAGCCAGGAUACCCUAGCUGUCACGGCUAAGACCAAGCUCAGAAUGCCUACACUCACUACACCAAUCGUUCCAUCUAUCAGUUUGUCAAGUUCUUAUGAACUCCGUGGCAAGGUGGAAGAUUAUCAGGAAUUUUCUAAGAAUGGGUAUAUCUACGGUCGCUAUGGCAACCAUUCAUGUGACAAUGCCUCCCAUGCUAUCAACAUCCUUGAAGGAGGGAUAGGAGCCCUGGUGUUCUCUACCGGUAUGUCCGCUAUCACCACCACUGUUCUGGCACUCAUCAAGACUGGAGAUCACGUGAUAGCACCCGACCCAGUUUUUGGAGGAACCUACAAGUUCUUUAAUUCAAUGCUAAUGGAUUUUGGCGUGGAGACAACAUUUGUUCCAGCUGGAGAUAUCGAAGCUUACAGGAAAGCAAUUAAACCAAAUACAAAGAUCUUCUAUGGUGAGACACCUACUAACCCCACCCUAACCCUCUUGGACCUUAAAGCCUUUGCGGAUGUUGCUAAGUCUGUACCUGGAGCCAUCAGCAUGUGUGACUCUACAUUCGCCACACCCUAUCUUCAAGACACGCUUGGCCUUGGUGUGGAUAUCUCCUUCCAAAGUUGUUCAAAGUAUCUUGGAGGACAUGGGGACCUACUUGGAGGUUCGAUGUGCACCAAGGAUCCAGAGCUGUAUCUGUUUUUGACAGAAUACCAGAGGCAAAUCGGCAACACAAUGGGUCCCUUCACAGCAUCCAUUCUGCUCCGUGGAAUCCGUACUCUACCAUUGAGGAUGGAGAAACACAGCAGUAACGCUCUCAAGAUAGCGCAGUAUCUAGAAACUCAUCCUAAGGUUGCUCGUGUUAAAUAUCCUGGUCUUAAAUCGCAUCCCCAGUAUGAUGUAGCAGCAUCGCAGAUGAAGAAAGGAUUCGGGGGUAUGGUGAUCUUUGAGAUGAAAGGAGGCUUAGAAGCAGGAAGGAUUGUCAUGGAGAAUAUCAAGCUGAUCUUAAUGGCUACAUCCCUUGGAGGUACUGAAAGCUUGAUGGAGCAUCCUGCAUCCAUGACACAUGGCCCAUCGGUGAUGACCAAAGAGGAGAGAGAGGCUGGCGGUAUCUCAGAUGGAAUGAUUCGAUUCAGCGUUGGUGUGGAAGACCCUGCUGACCUCAUAAGAGAUUUAGAACAAGCACUAGCAAAGGCAUAGGGAUCCCCGAAUCGGUAACCGUUUGUAGAAGUUUUUUUUUAGGGGAGUCACUGAAGGAGCUAUUGGAAAUUUUCGCCCGAGUAAUUUCGAAUUUUCGACUUUUGUCGGCAAGUCACAAAGAACAUUGCUUUGUUUAUGGCCUCGCUGUUUGGCUUUAAUGUUUGUUUGGAAAUACGUUUAACUUCUGUUGGAAAAAAAUGAAGAUCUGAUGACAAGAAUUGUUUACCCUUGUCUGCAAAUGUAAAAAAUCUAUUUCCUUUGAUUUGGUUCAGUUUUGGUAUUUUUUGCCUUUUGGAAAAUUGUUGGCUAGACUGUAAUUAAAGUUGGGUCGACCCUGGUUUUCAAUUCAAGACAAUAAUAGCAAAUAAUGAAACCUGGACAUUAGAUAGGCCUAGAUGAAUUUUUAAAUAUACAUUUUCAUGUGUAUGAUAUAUUUAUGUCUAAAAUGUCCUUAUUUGAACAGUCACAUACUACUGUUUCAGACUUGGAUACCCCUUAUUUUCUAAAGCAUUAUUAUGAAGAGUUUGAUUCCAAGAGGGAUUAAAUCCACUUUUAGCGUUUUUGAGCAAAUUAAAGAUUUUUAUUUACCACUUUCUCUUGUCAGUUAUCACUUAUAUAUAAAUAGGAAUAUUGCCUUACAUAUUUAUUAUUAUCUUUAAAAAAACAUUUAUCAAGCAAUAAAUCCCUUUUUUCGUAAAUUUUCCUAACUUUAA